AGUCGCAUUUAUUUAUACAGAGGAAGAGUUGCGACAUCAUUUCGAGUAUUUGCAGAGCGGGGAAGCGACACGCCCUCAAUUUUUCCACAUUCCCGCUGCAAAUUCUGCGCAAAGUAGAAGAAAUCCAUUGCCGCAAAUCUGCAAUAAUUUACGGCAAGAGACAAAGUAAUAAUUAAUCAGAGAAAGAGGGGGAAAUGGUGACUUCGCCGGUGGUAAAUACGUAUCCUCUUUCGAGCUACACUUUCGGCACCAAAGAGCCGAAGAUGGAGAAAGACACCUCCGUCGCCGAUCGCCUUGCCCGCAUGAAAGUCAACUACAUGAAGGAAGGCAUGAGGACUAGUGUCGAGGGUAUUUUGCUGGUCCAAGAGCAUAAUCAUCCCCAUAUCCUUCUUUUGCAAAUUGGAAAUACAUUUUGUAAACUUCCAGGUGGUAGAUUGAAGCCAGGAGAGAAUGAAAUUGAAGGUCUGAAGCGGAAGCUCUCUAGCAAACUUGCUGCUAAUUCACCUUCUCUACAGCCAGAUUGGCAGGUUGGCGAGUGUGUGGCAAUUUGGUGGAGACCAAACUUUGAAACAAUCAUGUAUCCUUACUGUCCCCCACAUAUAACAAAGCCUAAGGAGUGCAAGAAGCUCUUCCUUGUCCACUUGUCUGAACGAGAGUAUUUUGCUGUGCCGAAGAACUUAAAACUUCUAGCUGUUCCAUUGUUUGAACUAUAUGACAAUGUUCAGGUGUGUGAAAGAUUUAGUACUUUUUCUAGAAGAUUUACUGCUACCCCCCCGGGGCCCACACACACACACACACACACACACACAUAUAUAUAUAUAUAUAGAGAUAGAGAUGUAGCAAGUUAAGUGGUUCCAUUAUCUACACCUUGUUUCCUAUUUUUUCAGUGAAAGAAUUACUUUCUUACAACUUUGUGAUAGCAUGUCUUGAUUUGUAUUCUUCACAUCGACGGAGCAUUUUGGAAUACAUUUGAACUGGCAUUUUAACUUCUAGCUCUAUUUUCAGUGUGAAACAUUCCUUUGAGUUCAUAAACAUUUCUAUUCCUUUUCCAUCAGACCAUUUCUGAGCAUUUAUAGUCAGUUUCAUCUUUAUGUAGCAGUCCUAUGUUCCUUAUAGAGCUCAUUGUUGAUCAUACACAGAGAUAUGGACCUGUUAUAUCUACCAUCCCGCAGCAGCUAUCCAGGUU